AUGGUUUUCGCUUGGUGCAUUCGCAGGUCAGCUUCGAGUUUGGCUUCCGCGUGUGGUCGUGUAGCUAGAGCUCAGGGCGUCGUCUCCUUCGUCGCUAACCGCUCGUCUCUUGCUCCGAAGCCAUCUUCUUCUCUGCUUCGUCCUUUCGUCUCUCGUGUCUCUCUCUAUUCGACGGCCACUAACCGGUUAAAGUCCGAUCAGACGCUUCUCCAAGUAAUUGACUCCGAGAUCAACGACGCUUUCGAAUCCGAUUUGGUUGAAGAGACAAGAGCAUCUGAUGACUUUCCAUUCAGAAUCGAAGAUAAUCCAGGACACAGGGCUGUGACGUUGACUAGAGAAUACAAUGGAGAGCAGAUUAAAGUAGAAGUAAGCAUGCCUGGUCUUGACACUGUUGACACUGAAGAUGAUGAGAAUGAAGGUGGUGACGUGAAACAGAGUGAAACAAGCAUUCCUCUACUUGUCACAGUAACCAAGAAGAGUGGACUCAGCUUAGAGUUUAGCUGCACUGCUUUCAGUGAUGAGAUUGUUAUUGACGGUUUGUCUGUUAACAAUCCGGAUGAUUAUUCUUCCGAAGGACAAUUGGCGUAUGAUGGUCCAGAUUUUCAAGAGUUGGAUGAGAAUAUGCGCAAGUCGUUUUAUAAGUUUCUGGAGACCAGAGGAGUCAAAGCAAGCGUGACAGAUUACAUGUAUGAGUACAUGACGAAGAAAGAUAGCAGAGAGUACUUGCGAUGGUUGAAGAAUCUCAAGAACUUCAUCCAAGAAUGA